CAAACCCGCCCUUAAUAUCCUCGCCUUUGGCACCGCCCUUGACACCACUCCUGACACCGCCCACUGAAAGCCUUCCUCCCCCACAGGCCGGCGAGCGUCUGUACCGCCUCUACCUCUCCGGCGUGGAAGUCCGGGGCGUCUCCGCGGGGCCCAGACUCCGGCUCCUUCCGGCGUCCUCGGCAGUUGCGCGCUUCUCCCGCGACGACCUGAUAUAUGUGACGAAAUCGCCGGAUUACUGCCACCCGGAGCCCCGUCUCGGCUCCCUGGGGACCGUCGGCAGGCAGUGCAACGCCACGUCCAAAGGAGUGGACGGCUGCGGCAUAAUGUGCUGCGGCCGCGGCUACUCGUCCCGGGCCGUGCGCACCCACCACCGCUGCCACUGCAAGUACCACUGGUGCUGUUACGUAACCUGCCAGACGUGUGCGAUUUGGCGAGAUAUCCACACAUGUAAUUGACUGCGGUCCACCAUCUUGCGGGCCGCCAUUCACCUGAGUUUACUGCGCCGCUGUCUGGAUGGCGGAGGUAAAAAAAAAAUUGUGAUCCAGUGCGUUGUAUCAUAAUGUACAAAUUCCUAAU